GCGUCUGCGUUGAUUCCCCGGCGGGACGUCCCGCUGGCGGAUCUGGCGUUAGUUGCGUGCGCUGUCGUCUCGCCGCCUCUCCGGCCGCUGGCUACACGCGCGCGCGCGCUCACACUUUCGCUGUCUGAUUCCCUGACCGGUCGCGGCGCUUAGAAGAUUCCUAGGCGGCGGAAAAGGCGUACGCCGGCCUUCUCGGGAUUUCUCUCUUUUUUUAUUUCUUUCUUGUUCAGGUCCAUCCGCACUUCUUCGCAUUCGAAGUCGCCGGCGUCGGAUAUGUGGAAAGACUCUUCUUCUCGUUCCGUUUAAAGGAGCUGACGUCGGCGCAACGCGGUGAGAGUGUGUUCUUCCUGCGGCGCCUUCGUGCGCGCGCUGGCCACUGAGGAGUGCGCCGCGCUGCCGGCGGUACCCGCCGCGUUGCGUCGUUCGUGUGCUGCUGGCGGCUGUGGGUUUGUGUUCGCGACGACCGAAACUACGACGGAUUGCCUGGUUUUCUUCUGCCCAUGGAUUUGGAUUUGACCAGAUAGACGGAAAGGCCGUUGAAGACCUGACCCACGCCAGUGACCAUGGCCCGCAAGCAACUCCUGGUAGCCUGGAAGGCCCUACGGAGGGUUCUGCUACUAGCAUUCGUCUGGAUAGGCGUCUGCUACGCCGUGUUCCACUUUACUCACGGAGCCGGCAACUCGUUCCUCAUCGGACCAUUUCAGAGAUCGUUGCUACAGACGGCUGCGCCGCCUGAACAUCACGUGCCCGUGGAACCGCUCAAGUCCGUACCCACCUCGAAACUGGAGUCAUCGACGGCUUCGCGACGCGACACGACGCCCGAUGGAAAAGCGCUCCUCGAUCUGCGUCCUCACAUCGACAUAUCCCCGUCCGUCUCCAUGAAAGAGUUCCUGUCAAAGCUGUCCAACAUGUCCAACAUACCUAGGGCCUACUGGGAGAACGGUCGCAGGCCUGCCAUCAGCUCCAAGAGUUGCGUCAAGUUUCCUGAGCUGUACGACAUUGCCUUCAACAACUUGUACUGGCAAAAGCUUUCCGCUAAAAACGGCACAUUCUACAUCUACGGCGCGUACUUCGACAACAGGUCACGAGUCGGCAACGUACCCCUGGUUCGCAUCCUGGUGAUGGCUGACAGAGUGAAGCCGCCGCCGACGCUGUGCCAGCUGUGGUACAACAAUGCUGCCUACCCGACGAUAUCCACCACCAAGUACACCUACGCGUGGUACUCCAAGUGGGGCAACUACCAGGACGGCAUCCUGCAGCCCUUCAUCGUGACCUGUAAGGCGCCCUACCUGAACCCGAAGCGAGAAGCUCCCCUGAGCGUGUCCCUCGUGGAAAAGCAGUGCGACAAGCCCACGAACAACGUGCGCGUCGUGAACAACCGGCCGGCCGUCAAGCAGGACUUCGCCGUGUGCGUCAAGGGUCUGGACUUCCUCAAGGACGACCUGAGCGUGCGCCUGAUCGAGUGGAUAGAGCUGCUUAACAUACUGGGUGCCAAGAAGAUCUUCCUGUACGAACUCGAGAUUCACCCCAACAUAUCUAAGACCCUUCAGUACUACCAGCAGAAAGGACUGGUCGAGCUCACGCCCAUCACAUUGCCCGGAGGCCAGCCCAACCUGCCGGGCCUGCGGCACAACUUCCUCAGCAUGAAGCUCACUCACAAGCGCCAGAACGAGCUGAUUCCGUACAACGACUGCCUCUACCGGAACCUCUACUCCUACGAGUACAUCGUUCUCCUGGACAUCGACGAGGUCGUCAUGCCCGUGCAGCACCACACUUGGAAGGAGCUCAUGAGUGACGUCGUGCCCAUGGCCCUGCAGCAGAAGAACUACACGAGGGCCAGCUACAACGUCCGCAACGUCUACUUCCUCGACGACAUGAUGAACGAAGAAACUAAGCACACCGUGCACGAGGUGGGCAUCCCGGGUUACAUGCACAUGCUGCAGCACGUGUACCGCGCCAAGAACUUCACCAAGCCGGGAUCGUACGUCAAGUGCUUCCACAACGUGGAGCGCAUCGUGUCCGUGCACAACCACUUCCCGCUCAACUGCUUCGGGACGUGCACCACGUACAGCAUUGACACGCCGUACGCGCAGUUGCAGCACUACCGCAAGGACUGCGUGGGGCCCCUGAAGAAGAGCUGCAACAGUGACUUCAAGGUCUACACUGUCAAGGACACCACGAUAUGGAGGUACAAGGACGAGCUCAUACUGAGGGCCACCAAGGCACUUAAAGACUUAGGCUUUUUCUCAUAGCAUCUAGUGAUUAAUUAACUUCAUGCUAGAACAACAAAUGAAACCGUGUUCGGGGACCACGUCAGGACGUAGUGGUUCGAGUGCAUAUGCCCCGGCGUCGACGUCGUGCUGCGAAGGAGUGUCACGACGCGACCCGGACUCGCGCACCGUAAUCCACGGUGCGUCUGGUGAUCGUCUGGUGAUCAAACGUGUGUGUGGUGUCGCUGGUAAUGCAAGUCUCGGCCGUUCGUGUGCCUGCGGUGUGUGUUGUGCUGUGCUUUUUGUGCGCUGCUUUACAAGUCUCUGUGUGCGUGUGCAUCAAGGGCACUUAAAAGACACCGACCACGCUGUGUCGUGGCGUCUAGUGAUUCGCUGUCGUGGCGAGUGUGAUUACAUCAGCUCGAGCUUCUUCGCUUCAGUGCCUAAAGUGUGCGGGUUCUGGGCCCACCGUUUAAGUGCUCGGUUACAGACUGCCGAAGGAAACCCUGUGACUUUUGAAGGGGAAGGCCUAUGCGACCUUUCUCAAGGAACUGCGUAUAGUAAUUGCGUGUCGUGCCUGGACAACGUGUGCUGUGUGUUGCGCCUGUCAUGUGUUGACUGCAUUAGCACCUUGUUCGACGGACUUUUUUUUUCUUUUUCUUGUGCCAUAGCGUUCCUCGAGUUCCGCGCGUGUGGUGAGAGUGCAACGACUGUUCAUGACGUCAAGAGUCUUAAGGAAUUGUGUACGUUUCUUUUGGUCGAGCCUGGUGAACACAAACUAUUGUUGAAACUUUUGUUGCUAGUACAGUCUGUCUUCUUUGUCUCUGUUACUUUUCUUUUUUUUUUUUUGCUUCCGUCAAUUGUACAGACUUUGUCCCGUUCACGUGGUGGAAGUUGCGAAUGGUGUUUUUUGUCGCAAUGUACAAAGACUAACACUCAUUUGUGACGUUAGAGUAUCGCUGAUUAUGUUGGAGUUUAUCUUGCUCGAGUCGUAGACGUAAUGCAUUCAUUCCGUUGGUUCUCGACUGUGCGACUGUGGUUGGGCGAACUUUUUUUUUAGUACAUUGCUUAGAGCGCCUGCUAUAUAGUUUGGUUAGUUGUUGCGUUGAAUUGUUUCUCACUUAAGUGUGACGAGAGCGUCACACCGCCUUUUAUUUCUAUUCACUUUUUGUCGCGUUCCAGACGCGCGUAUUUAUUACUGUGAUUCCGAGCCCGGGUCGUAGAUACGCCUGGGUGGGACUUAGUUAGGCUUAGAAACUGGAGUGGCUACUUGCGGCUACUCCAGCGCAGUAUUCAGCGCCGACGUUGUGGCGUUUUCUGUACAUAAAUACCAUUCAGGAAAAAAAAAAGUUAUUUCGAAAAAAAAAAGUGCUGGUCAUUAGUGAG